AUGUCUCAGCGAUUUGUUCUUCGAGCUUUGCCUCGACAGUUUACUGCCCAACAGGUAUCCCGCACAUUUGCACGAAGAUAUGCCUCUCCAGCAGCUGUCCCAGUCUCCUCGACUGUUCCCGAAGCCGAGAUCAGACAUGAAAUCUCUGUUCCAAACCCUGACCCAGGACCCGAUUCACCUACCAUGACAUUCUUGAACGAUCGAGCCUCGUACAUGGUUCCCACCUAUGUUCGUCCUCCACCUAUGAUGGCCAAAGGAGAAGGGUGCAUACUCUUCGACAACGAGAAUAGAGCAUACCUCGAUUUCACUGCUGGGAUUGCUGUUACCUCGUUAGGUCACUCUGAUCCUGGAGUAGCUCGCAUUGUCGCGCACCAAGCCCAAACGCUGAUACAUGCCUCAAACCUCUACUAUAAUCCAUGGACGCCCGAGUUGUCAAAGCUCAUGGUGGAAGAGACACGAAGGCAAUCACCUGGUUCACCUCUUAGUCAAGUGUUCAUUUCGAAUUCUGGCUCUGAGGCCAACGAAGCUGCUCUCAAAUUUGCGAGAAAGGUGCCAUAUGAAAAAGACCCGAAUACUACUCAGCGAGACAUCGUCUCAUUCCACGGUUCGUUUCAUGGCAGGACAUACGGUUCGCUUUCUGCAACACCCAACAAGAAAUACCAGCCACCAUUUGCACCUAUGCUACCUGGCUUUCGCUAUGGAAACUACAAUGACGUAGAGGCUGUUCCCCACCUUAUCACAAAAGAUACAGCUGGUGUCAUUGUUGAGCCGAUUCAGGGAGAAGGAGGAAUCAAUGUUGCCAGUACUGAGUUUUUGCAGGCCUUGAGGAAGAGGUGUGACGAGGUUGGAGCCAUCCUAAUAUUCGACGAGAUCCAGUGUGGCCUAUCCAGGACGGGUGAUCUGUGGGCGCAUACUGCAAGUGGUGUGCAUCCUGAUGUUCUCACGACUGCCAAGGCUCUCGGCAAUGGCAUACCUGUAGGCGCUACACUCGUGUCCUCAGAGACUGUCGCUCCCUAUAUCAAAACCGGUGAUCAUGGCACUACAUUCGGCGGCAACCCAUUCUCUUGCCGAGUGGCUCAUCACGUGUUCACUCGUCUUUCCGAACCCAACCUACAGGAAGAGGUUCGGAUCAAGUCGACCUUGUUCUUUAGUGCUUAUGAUAUUAUGAAAGAGAAAUAUCCUGGUGUUUUGACUGCUGUUCGAGGUCGUGGUCUCAUUGUGGGCUACCAGAUGAGCGACGAGCACAAAUCGAAAGCUACCGAGGUCAUUACAGCAGCACGAGAGAGGGGCUUGCUCAUCAUCACAGCAGGUGACGGUGUCAUCCGCAUUGUCCCCCCUCUCAUCAUAACAGCUGAAGAGAUCAACAAAGGUCUUGAGAUUCUUGACGAGGCCAUGGCUGUUGUUUUCACCAAGCCGGACGAGGUCAAGAAAACUAAGGGACAACAGGAAAUGGUGGGAUGA